GAAAAGCUAUUUUAGGACUGCAUACUGCUACAGUAAGGAUCUUACCUGUGACUUGGCAUUGCAGCAUAAGCUGAGACACAGUGUUGGAUUAUGGAACAGAAUUUGACAUACCUGCUGGGCAGCGGUGGCUCUGAUGACAUAUUGGUGAGUCACACAUCACCAACACCUAACUCCUCUGCAGCCUAUGAAUAUGCCUUCGACUACUCAGAACUAUACGUCAUCUGCCAUCCUGAAAGUAUUCCAGCAUUUGCAUCUACCUUAUUUCCACUGCUGUACUCCAUACUGUUUUUGUUAGGCCUUGUGGGAAAUGCUUUGGUUGUUUGGAUUCUGACAGUCUUCAUGAAAAUCAAGACCAUGACUGAUGUGUAUCUGCUGAAUCUGACUCUCUCCGACCUCCUCUUGGUAUUCUCCCUGCCCUUCUUGGUUCAGUACUCCAUUGUGAGCCAGUGGACUUUUGGAAAUGCAUUGUGUAAAAUCAUCAGCUCAGUUUACUUCAUUGGUUUCUACAGCAAUGUCUUCUUCAUAACCAUCAUGAGCAUUGACAGGUACUUGGCCAUAGUCCACUCUCUUCAUGUUCAAGGGAUUCGGACAACUGCCAUUGGGUUUAUCACCAGUCUGGUCGUUUGGGCAGUUGCCAUUUUAGCAUCAAUACCAGACUUACUUUUUUUCCAGGAAGCGAAUGACAAUAACCAGAUUAUAUGCCUCCGUCACUAUCCUGAUGGCAACAAUUUCUGGAAGACUUUCAGUAAUUUUGAAGUCAACAUCUUGGGGUGGCUAAUCCCUAUUAUUGUCCUAAUUUUCUGCUAUCACAGCAUCUUGAAAAACCUGCAGAAGUGCCAUACCAAGAACAAGUACAAAGCAAUAAAACUGGUUUUUAUUGUUGUCAUUGUGUUCUUUGUCUCCUGGACUCCUGUCAAUAUUGUGCUUUUUUUGGACUCUCUGAGGAACAUGUCCAUCAUUGAUAACUGCCAGACACACCAAAGCCUAGACCUAGCCAUGGAGCUGACUGAGGCACUCUCCUUUGUCCACUGCUGCCUCAACCCUGUCAUCUAUGCUUUCGUGGGUGAGAAGUUCAAGAAGCAUCUCUGUGACGCUUUCAAAAAAUCUGCAUGUUUUCUGUUGAACUGCAAAGGCUACAAGGCUUUCAGUGGGCGCAGCCUGGACAAGCACUCCUCUCUGCACACAAAGUCCUCACAGUUGUCUUCUGUUGGCACUGUCUUGUAGAACUACAAGUCCAAAACUAUCAUCAUGGACAGGUGACCUAGAACUGGGCAUCCACAGCCACGGACUGUUUGAGCAACCUUUUUGGACCUGAAAAGUGGAAGCCCCUGUUUGUUUUUCCUUUUAUCGCGGUUGCUUUUGGUGUUCUCACU